AUCCAGGCUAUAAAUACAUCUCACCACACUGCUAGCUCUCCACACAGCUUAAUUAGCCAUGGCCGGAAGCAUGAAGCUAUCUACUCUGCCCAUCCUCCUGCUCCUCAUCACAUGCCUUCCCAGCUCGGCCACCGGCAGCCAGGACCAAGAGAGCUUCCUCUACACCGGCUUCGCCGGCAGCAACAUCACCCUCGACGGCGCGGCAACCAUCACGCCGGCCGGCCUCGUCAAGCUCACCAACGAGUCGUUCCGGAUCAAGGGCCACGCGUUCCACCCGGCGCCGGUGCGCUUCCGCGAGGCCCCCAACGGCACGGUGCGGUCCUUCUCCGUCUCCUUCGUCUUCGGCAUCCUCUCCUCCUUCGGCGACAUACGGGGCCACGGCUUCGCCUUCUUCAUCGCCCCGACCACCGACCUCUCCGCCGCCUUCCCCAUCCAGUUCCUGGGCCUCGUCAACGCCACCAACAACGGCAGCGCGACCAACCACCUCUUCGCCGUCGAGCUCGACACCAUCCAGAACACCGAGUUCGGGGACAUCGACAACAACCAUGUCGGCAUCGACAUCAACAGCCUCAACUCGGUGGAGUCCAACACCGCCGGCUUCUACAACGACGAUAGCAGCAGCAGGGAGGAUGACGGCAUGCUCACAAACAUGUCCCUUAUUGGGUCCGGGCCGAUACAGGUUUGGGUGGAAUACCAUGGGGAAUCCACACGAAUCAACGUCACCUUAGCACCCCUCGGUGUCGCGAAACCGGCGAGGCCAUUGCUCUCAACAGUCUAUGACCUCUCAGGAGUGCUCACAGACCAAGCGUACCUUGGCUUCUCAUCCUCCACUGGUUUAAGCACGGGGCAUCACUAUGUGCUUGGUUGGAGCUUUGGAAUGGGCACCCCUGCUCCAGUCAUAGAUCCCACCAAACUACCCAAGCUGCCUUACCUUGGUCCAAGACCUCAAUCCAAACUCCUAGAGAUUGUUCUGCCGAUUGCUUCUGCGGUCUUUGUGUUGGCUGUCGGCAUCCUAGCUAUCACCAUGGUGAGGAGGCAUAUCAGGUAUAAGGAGGUGCGUGAAGACUGGGAGGUCGAGUACGGCCCUCACCGAUUCUCCUACAAGGAUCUGUUUCGUGCCACCAAAGGGUUUAAGGACAAGAAUCUGAUCGGCGCAGGCGGGUUCGGGAGGGUGUACAAGGGGGUUCUUCCGAAAUCUAAAUCGCAGGUUGCUGUGAAGAGGGUGUCGUACGACUCGAAGCAGGGCGUGAAGGAAUUCGUCGCCGAAGUCGUGAGCAUCGGCCAUCUUCAACACCGUAAUGUCGUGCAGUUGCUUGGAUAUUGCAGGCGCAAAGGUGAGCUCCUCCUGGUCUAUGACUACAUGGAAAAUGGAAGCCUCGACAACCACCUGUAUGGCCAGUUACAAGGAAAGGCUACUUAUUUGGGGUGGCGGCAAAGGUUCCGGAUCAUCAAGGAGAUCGCCUUGGGCUUGCUCUACCUCCAUGAAGACUGGGACAAAGUUGUCCUCCAUCGGGACGUCAAGGCAAGCAACGUGCUUCUCGACAAAAACAUGAAUGGAAGGCUAGGAGAUUUCGGCCUCGCGAGGUUGUACGACCAUGGCACCGACCCGCAGACCACGCAUGUCGUCGGCACCAUAGGAUACCUAGCUCCGGAGCUGGUACACAGAGGUAAAGCAACCACUCUCACCGAUGUAUUUGCCUUUGGCAUCUUCGUUCUUGAGGUUACAUGUGGGCAAAGGCCUAUCAAGGAGGACCCGCAAGGCAACCAGCUCGUCCUGGUCGACUGGGUGCUUCAGAACUGGCACAAGGGGUCACUUGCUGAUGUAGUGGAUGCCAAGCUUCAAGGUGGCUAUGACGCCGGUGAGGCAUGCCUUGCGCUCAAGCUAGGGCUCUUGUGCUCGCACCCAUUUCCUCAAGCAAGGCCCAGCAUGCGGCAAGCUAUGCAGUACCUCGACGGCGACGUGCCGCUCCCGGAGCUUCUGCCGGAACACUUCAGCUUCCACAUGUUGGCCCUGAUGAAGAAUGAAAGCAAAGUUUACUCGUCCGCGAUGCCGUCCUAUCCUUCGCCGAUGAUGACGAGCUUUGGCUCAAUAUCAGACUUCUCAAUACAUGGGAGGUGAUGUGCAAGCAUAUGGCCGCCUUCAAGUCAUGAUGUUGGGUGGUUAUAUAGUGUGUGGUGUAGUUGUACAUGCAUAUAUAUUCUUAAUUAACUGUACUUCCCCUUUUGUAAUGGAAUGGUGUAGUUAAUGAUGUGUGUGUGUGUCCUUAAAAUAAUAAAGCACUUUAUAUACUAUACCAAAUGGUAUUA